AGCAGGAGAAUGGUGGAGCGAGAGGAAAUGCAGCAUAUAAAAGGGAGCACUUGGAGCGGGAUAGCAUUACUUCUAACAUGAAGCUCCUGGUCUUAAUCUCAACACUCGUAGCCACGUCGUUAGCCGCGCCUCAAGGCUAUAGUCUGGGUACGCCCUCAGGACCAAGUUUUGGCAUUGGAGGUCCGGGUCCAGGGUUUGGCUCAGGAGGAUGCGGCCACGGACAGGUGCUGCAUGUCGACGGCAGAUGUGUCACUCCACGUGUCAACCGUAAAGUGUACUUAUAUGACGCGCCACCAGCACCACCAAUUUCCUACGGUCCUCCUCCUUACAUCCCUGAGCCAACCAUAGACACAAAUAUUGUGUUCAUCCGAAUUCCUGAAGGAGGACAAGGACCAGAUCCCAUCGUCGUACCUCCACCACAGCAGAAACACGUCCUAUAUGUCCUUAACAAACAGACACAACAAGGACAGGAAGUGAUUGAAGUGCCAGCACCACCAGCAACUAGUCCUGAAGUUUACUUCGUGAACUAUGCUGACGGCGAGAACCCAGUACUUCCCAGCGGAGUUGAUCUCCAGAGUGCCUUGAAUGCAGCUUCCCAGGGAGGCGGACAAGUGAUUGGCGGCGGUGUCGGCGGUGGAUUCGGAGGCGGCAUUGGAUUCGGAGGUGGUGCUAUAAGCGGAGGUUUCGUAAGCGGUGGCCACAGUGGAGAAUUUAUUUCUGGUGGAAGCAGCGGUGGAUUUAUCUCAGGAGGUGGUUUCGGUGGAGGCUCCAGCGUUGUCUCGACACCAUCAAAUCUUUACAGUACACCAUAGCUUCUCCAUC